GACUUCUGUUCCGCACCUGCUUCGUCAGUGGACGGUGAGCGUGCAUUCUCCGACGCACGCCUUCAAGUCAACUACACGCAACAUAACAUUGCGCCCCGCACUUUCAGGGCCAAGAUGGCCGUCGGCUCAUGGCGGAAGGAAGGCUUACUCGAUAACGUAGAUGAUGUGGCAUCCAUGCUU